AAAACUGGUGACAAGAUGUACAAUUUUUCUAUGGAACUAUUCCACAUAAUGAAUAAUAACUCACGAUUAAACAAAAAUCGUUUUAAACCUUUGCCAGAACAGUCUGAAGAAAAAAAAGUUGGUGUACCUACUAGCCUUCUUAAAUCAGCGAGACACACUGGACAGUUGAAUCUUUCUGGUCGUUCAUUAAAGGAAGUACCUUUAGAUGUUUGGCGUAUUAAUUUAGAUAUACCUUCUCAAACUAUUUCAUUAGGUGAAGUUGACGAAAGGUGGUGGGAUCAAGUUGAUUUAAAAAAACUUAUUUUAGCAUCUAAUGAGAUUAAGUGCAUUCCCAAUGAAGUAAAAUAUUUGCCUGCCCUUAAUGUUUUAGAUGCCCACGAUAACUGUAUAGAAUAUCUGUCUGAUGAAAUUUCAGAGCUGAAAGAGCUAGGAAAGCUUCAUUUAUCACACAACAAACUAACUUCUCUUCCAGACUCAUUAUGCCAAGCUACUGCAUUAAAAGUACUUUUACUUGCUGGAAAUUCUUUACAAAGUUUACCUGUAAAUUUUGGUUUUUUAAUAAAUUUGGAAGAACUUGACUUAAGUGAUAAUAAAUUAACAUCACUUCCAGAAAGUUUUGGCAGCUUGGUACAAAUAAAAAAACUUGAUUUGUCAAAAAACUUGCUUACAUCUUUACCAAACUCUUUUGAUAGUCUAAAAUCUUUGAUAAAUCUUAAUUUGAGCACAAAUAAACUUACCGUGUUACCAAAAGGGUUUGGUAAGUUGACUUCUUUGGAAAUAUUUGAAUGCAGCUAUAAUUUAAUUACUACAUUCACAACAUUUGAUGAUCAAACAAAUAUAAAGCAACUGUUUCUUGGGUACAACAGAAUUCAGAAAAUAGAAGAUAAUGCAUUUGAAAAAAUGCAAUCCUUGGUUUCUCUAAGUCUUAGAGACAAUGCAAUUUCAGAGAUUCCCGAAAGUUUUACUAAACUUAGAACAUUAGAAAGAGCUGACCUUUCUAACAACUCUUUAUCAACUUUGCCAAAUGCUGUUGGGAAAAUGAAUUUGAAAUCUUUGACACUAGAUGGAAAUUCUAUGCGUUCUAUUCGGCGUGAUAUUGUAGACCGUGGCACUAAUGCUAUUCUUGCUUAUUUAAAAAGCAGACUUCCUGAAGAAAAAGUUCCUGAUGAAGAAAUUAAAAUUCCUAAGAGUGUAAGUAAAGUAAAUGACAAUGAUCAGCAAAAAAAGAUUCAAGAAAAUAAUAAGGCAGUGACUGACCAAUUUUUAAUUGCAACUACCAAAAACCUAUCAUUUUCAGGUGGUUCAGGAAGCAUCCCAAGUUCGUUUUGGCUUCCUGGUGCACAAAUCUCAAAAAUUUCCAUUCAACACAAUGGUUUAACUGUUUAUCCAUUAGAGAUAAUGAACUAUGCAUCAACUCUUUCUGAGUUGGAUAUAUCACACAAUAAAUUAAGUAAUAUUUUAGACACUGUCAACAUAUUAACAAAGUUAGUUUUUUUAGAUUUAAGUCACAACGUACUUUCUUCACUGCCGAGCAGUAUAAGUCAGCUGGAGCACUUAUUAGAAGUUGUGCUAUCUUUUAAUAAGUAUUCAUCAAUACCGCCUUGUUUGUUUAAGUGCAAAAAGCUGCAAACAUUGCUUCUUUCAAACAAUCAAAUUACUGAUAUCGAUGUAGUUGGAUUGCUAGAGAUGAAAUGCUUACGAACAUUAGAUUUAUCUAAUAAUAAUAUUGCUUGUGUGCCCCCUCAGCUCGGUAAUGUUGAGUGGCUGCAGUCAUUAAAUCUUGAUGGAAACCCUUUUAGAAAUCCAAGAGCUCAGAUUUUGAUGAAAGGUACACAAAACCUUUUAGCGUAUUUGAGAGAUAGAAUACCUACAUAGUUAUGGAAAAAAAAAAAAACUCUUAAUAGAAUUCAUUAUCUAUAAGCAUUAAAAUUUUUAUUUGUGUACAUCUUGUUAGAAUAAUUAGUAAACAAGAAUAAAAUAAUAAAAAGAAAA